AUGCCCUCCGUAUCCCUGGACUACAGCACAAUUAAAGCAGCAGCCGGAAACGAUACAUUGGGCUACUAUAAAUACCAGAACAUUCGAUUCGCCGCAGUUCCCACGGGUGACCUGCGCUUUGCGAAACCAGUAUGGCCCUCGGUCGAGUCAAUCAUCAAUAACGGAACAACCCAUGCCAGCGCCGAUGUAGACUGUGCUUCUACUGAAGACUGUUUAUACAUGGACGUGUAUGUUCCAGCCAACGCGAAGGGCAAGAAGCUACCCGUCGUAGUCUUCACAUAUGGGGGUGGCUUUACAAGUGGUUCCAAAUUCAAGAGUACCCCUGAAGGCCUCUACGAUCUCUCCAAAGACUUCGUGUUUGUGGCCUUCAACUACCGUCUUGGAAUUACCGGCCUCGCAAACUCUGUGAGUCUCACCCACCAGGGUGCUACCGACAAUGUCGCCCUAUAUGAUGUCGAGCAUGCGUACAAGUGGGUGAAGAAAUAUAUCAGCAAGUUCGGCGGUAACCCAGGCGAUGUCACGGCUAUGGGAUUCUCCGCUGGAUCCAGCAUGGGUCUCUUCAUGCUCACCCGGUACGGAGGUCAUAACAAACAGCUCUUCCACAAAGCCUAUUUCACCUCUCCUGGCUACGUCCCGGGCGCUGGCCACCACCAAGGCGAAGCGUUCUGGCAAAAUGUUUCGACUGUUGCUGGUUGCAGUGGUGUUGAUCUCUCCUGCAUGCGCAAGAUCUCUUUCACCAACCUUACCAAUGCCGCAACUGAAGUCAAGAACAACUACGGAUACCAAUUCCAGCCUCGCGUGGAUGGAGACAUCGUUGCCGAUACCUACGAGUCUCAGUUCUACCAGGGCCGUUUUAACUGGAAUGGUCCUCUUGUCAUUACGCAUGAAGAGCAUGAGAACAAUGGAUCACCUACGAGUGGCGUAAACACUACUGCUGAUAUCAGAAGCGAGCUUCGUUCCUUCUUCCCGGCCAUUACUGACGAUGUCAUUGAUGAAAUCUUCAAACUAUAUCCCGAGUCUAAUUACUCCAGCGCUGGGUAUCGCUUCGCAGAUAUGAGACAGUCAUUUGAUUUGACUGCCCAUGACUACGCCCUUACUCGUGCACUCAACAACAACACUUGGAAUGCGGAGGUCUCCCUGGAUCAGGCGGUUCACGGUACUGAUCAGAGCUACUACUGGUACAGCACCUACACCCUUGUAGCCAAACCCGCCGCGAAGCAAUCUGCUGGCUCUGGUGUUACGAUUGCAAGCAAAAUCACACCCAAUCCUACUAUUGCUCGCAAGAUGCAAAAGUACCUCCUUUCCUUCGUCCUUACCGGAGACCCCAACACAAAGUGGGCCAACGACAAGAUCUACUGGCCUAAGUAUGGCAGCAAUGCCACCGAGAUUGUCUUCAACACUACAAUGUAUACUAAGAAGGAUGAUCUUGCUACUGCUAAGAGCGUGUACUGGAAUAAGGCCCUGUGGUACUGA